AUGAUUAAUUACUCGGAUAACAAGCAUAUCAUUGAAAAUCAAAAAGAAAAUGAUUCUAAUUCAUUUAAAAAUCGGAAUGACGAAAAAGGUUCAGAUAUAAAUGAUUCAGAUAUAUAUGAAUCAAACGACGAUAAUACAAAAAAUAAAGGGGUGUGGUAUAAUGCUAGAACAAAAUGCUGGUUAGCAUGUGUAAAAGGAAGUGGAAGGCAUCUUCGAGUAUUUUCUGUGAAGAAACAUGGAUAUAAAAAAGCGAAAAUGUUAGCUGUAGAAUGUAAAAAUGCAGCUUUUUACAAUGAUAGUAAUAGUAAUAAUGAAUAUACAAAUAAAAAAAAUAAUAUUAAUACAGAUAUAAAAAAUGAAUCGAAUAGUAACAACACCGAUUAUGUAAAUGAUUUAAAAGAUUUUGAUUAUAAGAAAAACGACAGAUCAAAUGAAGAUAAAAUAGAAUCAGAAGAAUCUAUUGAUAGUAAGAAUUCAAUUGACAUGAAUUACUCAAACAGUCAGAUAAUUAUGAAAAAUGACAAAUCAAAUUUAAAUGCAGAUUCUGAAAAAUUAAAUAAAAAAAGAAGAUACAAUACGCGAAGAUGUAAUUAUAAUUCUUCUAAUGAAUUAACUAAGGAUAAUAAUAAUAAUAAUAAUAACAUUAAUAAUAAUAGUUUUCAUAAUGAAUACAAUAAUAUAAAAGAAGAAAACCAGUAUAUUUCUAGAAGCGAUAAUUAUUCUGAAAGGAAUGAAAAGUAUAAGGAAGAAUCAAAUAAUUAUCAGGUGGAUAAUAAAAAAAAAAAGAAAAAAAUAAAAGAUCAGUUUAAUUAUUUUAUAAAAAAUGAUAAUAAUCAUAAUAAUAAUAGCAGUUGUAUAAUAACUGAUAAAGAUUUUCAAAUAGAUUCACCUGAACAAACAAAUGAAGAAAAUUUUUUUAUAAAGCCAUUUGUAUAUGACUAUAAUGAAAAUACAAAAACAAAAAAUAAGUAUAACGAAAACGAAUAUAAUGUAAUUUUUACAAAUGAUUAUUAUUCCGAUUAUUGCUAUCAAAAUAAAGAUGAAUAUAAAUCAAAUUUUAUUGAUUUAACUAGAGAGGCAUUAGCUUUGAUUUUACAAGAUUUGAAAAAAAAUGUUGUUCCAAAAGUUCCAGUAGGUAUAGAAAAAAGAGAAAGAUAUGCGAAUUCUUUACGUUUAUGUUUAAGAAAUGCAAAAUUUACAAAACACUUUAAUGAAUUAGAACCAUAUUUAGAAUUAUUUAGUGAAUGUAUUAAAAAUAGUAAAUUACCAAGCCAUAUGGAUUUGAAAGACCAACUAUUUUAUUUGGAUAAAUUAUAA